AUCUAAGGGUUAGGAUUGCAUCAAAAUUAGGUGCACUAAAAUGGUUUUAAAAUGCAUCAUGUCGAAAUGCACCAAAAUCCUUUAAAAAUGCACUAUCUCAAAAUCUGAGUGCAGGAUGCAAUCUGAGCCGCACGAUGCAUCAGAUCCAAAGGUGUUUUGGGAAUCAAAUAGGUUUGGGCAAUUUGCCCGACUUUUUUCAAAUAAAGGCAGCUCUCAGAUUGUCAUACCUGCCAGUUACAACUUCACUGGACUAAGCAUUUUUUGCAAGGGUUUAUCUCAUCUUCUUAGCGCACCAGUAGAUAAGAAUUCGGUGAGUAACCAGCAGCCACUUCUAAAUGGAACAACUGAAAUAUCUGGGAAUGCUAUAAUUGACAGUGAUGAAGGAUGGAGAUGCGCCCAAAGUGAGAGGGUUUGUGGCAAAGAAGAGGAAGAACAGAAGGAAUCUGCGAAUAGGGUCUCCACUCGUUCAGCACUAAAAUUGGAGUUGGAAAGUACUCCAAGAAACUACACAGAUGCAGUAUUAGACCGGGAGAGUACCAAGCAGUUUGAUCAAGUUCUAAACAAGGGACAGAUACUCAACUACUCAGGGGAAGUACUUCGGGUUUCUAGAGAGACAACAAAGAUCUUUGAAUACAUAGAUGCAGCAUUAGUUCAAGGAGCAAAGUACCCGGUCUACCUUGCUUAUGCCAAUGAGGAUAUGGAUGCCGUUCUCAAUCACCUAUGCGGAGUGCAGGAAUGAAUAACCCUAAAACUGGGCAAGGAUUUAUUUAGACUGUCUUUUAUCAGCUUAUCUGGGAUUUUAUUAGUUCUUAUCCGAUUAUAGGUGAUUUAUUAAAUCUUAGGACUUAUC